UUCCGAGAAGAAAAACGGCGGGAGCCGCCGGUAUCAGGUGGAGCAAAAUGGCUCGGGAGAAUGAGAUGCAGGAGUUCACCCGUAGGUUCUUCCAAGGCCGCCCGGACCUCAGCACGCUUACGCACUCCAUCGUGCGGCGGAGGUUCUUGGCUCACGCGGGCCGCGACCACCUGGAGCCCGAGGAGAAGCAGACGCUGAAGCGGCUAGUGGAGGAGGAGCUGCUGAAGAUGCAGGUGGAUGAAGCGGGUGGCAGGGAAAAGAGGCUCGACGUUGCCAAGAAGGCCAAGAGGUCUCCCAUCCCCUGCCGUGACCCAGCGAGAAAAAGGUUCCGUUUCAAUUCGGAGUCAGAGCCCAGCUCUGCAGCCUCCAGUCCAGACUGUUUCGGCCUCCCAGCAAAGAAUGGGAUGGCAGCAGAAGUCAGUCCAGCCGAGGAUGAGAAUCCAAAGCGAGCCUCAAAGAAAGCAAUUGAGGAGAGCAGUGACGAGGAAGAACAGCAGAGGGACCUGACUGCAAAAAUGGGAUUAGAGAAGGAGGAGGUGAAGGGGAGCAGUGAGGAGGAGGAAGAGGGCUCUGCCAGAAAGAGUAAGGUCUGGAAAGAAGAAAGCAGUGAGGAAGAGGAAGAUGAGAAAAAGGAAGAGAAGGAGGAGGAGGAAAAGGAGUCCAAGGACAGGACUAGGAAGAAGCCUGGGACAAAGAACAAGCAGGCACCAGGCAAGGCCUCAGCCAGUAGGAAACAGGCCAGGGAGGAGAGUGAAGACAGUGAGGAACGUGCCCAGGGGCCAGGAAAGAAGGCAAAGGGAAAGAAAGGAGCUAAAAGCCACCAGGAGAGUGAAAAGGAGAGUGAGGGGGAGGAGACCCUAGCCAAGAAGAAAGAGAACAGAGAGGAAGAAGAAGAUUGGAAACUCACAGCCCAGAGCAGUGGAGGUCAAAGGUCCUCCUCUUUGGAGGAGAGGAGCUGUAAGCAGAAAAGCAGGGCAGCAAGACUGCUGGGAUCCCCGGGGGACAGAGAGGAACAGAAGGAAAGAUCAGCAGCAGGCAGUGGGAAUAGUAGUGGGGAAGAUGAAGAGCCCCUAGUGCAGAGGAAGAGCAAAGACAAGACCCAGUGGAAGGGUGGGAAAAGGCAGAGUGGAAGCAGUGAGGAGGAUGGGGAAGACAGCUGGAGGAAGAUGACGCCAACUACUGGAAAGACAGCCAACGUGGGCAGUAUCAAUGGUGAGGCAAGUGACUCGGAGAAGGAGGUGAGUGACAGCGAGGCAGAGGGGACCCCCAAGAAGGAGAGGAAGAACCGCUCUUCCAAGAAGAGCUCCAAGAAAGGCAGGACACGAAUCUCCUCCUCCUCUUCCACAGAUGGCAGUCCAGAACAUAAAGGCAGGAAGGCUGGCUCUGGUCGCCCUGGUGAGGACCACCCAUCUGUGAUGAGGCUGAAGCGCUACAUUCGGGCCUGUGGGGCUCAUCGAAACUACAAGAAGCUGCUGGGCUCCUGCCGUUCACACAAGGAACGCCUGAGUGUUCUCCGGGCAGAACUGGAAGCCCUGGGCAUGAAGGGUAACCCUUCCUUAGAGAAGUGUCGGGCCCUGAAGGAGCAGCGGGAAGAGGCAGCUGAGGUAGCCUCCUUGGACAUUACCAACAUCAUCAGUGGUUCAGGCCGGCCACGCAGACGCACAGCCUGGAACCCUGCAGGAGCAGCAGCCCCACCAGGGGAGCUAUACUGCAGGACCCUGGACUCAGAGGAAGAGCGGCCCCGCCCCCCACCCCCAGACUGGUCACAUAUGCGUGGCAUCAUCAGCAGUGAUGGCGAGAGCAACUGAGCUCCCCCUGUUCCCAGGAGGGACUUUGCACUUGUAGAAAGCAUAUACAGCAUACCCACCCCAACUCUGCCUGCAGAGCAGAAGCAGCUUUCUUCGGAGAAGACUCGCAGCUCCCAGGGACACAAGUUAUUGGGAUUCUACUUCUCAGCUUCACAUUCCCAGUGUAAAGUGUUUACAGGGAUUUAUUUUUGAAGACUCAAUAAAGGAGUGUUUGAAUCACC